ACUGAAAUCAUUUACACUGACUAUCUUCAUGCAGAUCCUGUUCUUCUGCUAUCAGAACAGUGCAUUCAUGUCUCAUGAGUCAUCUCAGACAUAUGUUAGCUAUGACAGUACAGACAACAAUGAGAAAACAAGUGAAGAUGUCAAAAAAGCUGCUGUGAUUCAGGUUGUUCUGUCUCACUCAAUGAAACUGAAUACUGAACAUAAGUUUGUUUUUGAAGACACAGACUCAUCUCUACAUGAUCUCUUUAUAAUCAUGAGAAAGAUAAAUCAUGUUGAAUCUCUAUGUGAAGGCUCAGCAUGGUUAAAUAUGGCAAUUGCUGUAGAAUCAGCAGUGAACAGCUUGCUAAAGAAUGAUACUGUAGCCAAUGGCUACAUGUGUGAACCUGUCCCAUCCGCUGCAAGGAUCCUCACAAUCUCUAUCUAUGUUGAGUCCGGAGGGAUCAUGAAACUUGAGAACCAUGAACAUGCCCUUGUCUACAAGGGCCUAGCGGACUACCGAAACAUCAUCCAGACAGAGGUGUCAGGUGACCAUAUUGAGAGGGUCCCUAAUGGCGAGGAAGACUGUGGCGAGCUGCUCAUGAUGAGUGAGUCCAUCACACUCCCGGUGAGAGUUCCGUCUGACCUUCACAGUAUCAGUGUCAGACAAAAUGCGCGAUCAGCUGCGAAGCGUCGUCCACGACUUCUUGCACGACAGGGUUACUAUGUCAGAGCUUGA